AUUUUUUAAUAUAUACAUGCGUUUAGUAUUUUCGUAUUAAAAGUAAAAAGUUUUAGAAUAUAAUGUCGGAUUCGUCGGAGUUCAAAGAAUUGGAAGUAAACUUGCACGAAGGAGAAGAUGUUCUGCAAGAUGAUAGUGAACAAAGCAGUCUUUCAAGCGACACAUCGAGUGAAUACAACGACUCAACCUCUCACGAAAAGAUUGAGAAAACUUCUGUCUACCAAAUUACUCUUGAGCGCACUCUCGCGAUCGUAAAACCAGAUGCUAUGGACAAAGCGACAGAAAUCGAAGAUUUGAUAAUGAGAAAAGGUUUCAUGAUUUUACAGAAAAGAAAGAUUCAUCUGACACCGGAACAAGCGAGCGAUUUUUAUUCGGAACAUUACGGAAAAAUGUUCUUUCCAAGUUUAAUAGCAAAUAUAAGUUCUGGACCAAUUUUAGUGAUGGUUUUAGGUAAAAACAACGCUGUCAAAGAUUGGAAUGAGACCAUGGGGCAUGCUAACCCAUUUAAGGCUAGAGACUACCAGCCUCAGACUUUGCGAGCAAUUUACGGAAAAGACCACACAAGAAAUGCCGUACAUGGAAGUGAUAAUAUGAAAUCUGCUGAACGAGAAAUUGGAUUCCUUUUUAGUGGCAAUAUUUUGGAACCAAUAUCUACACAACAAUCGGCAAAAGAUUACGUCACGAAGCAAGUUCAACCUACAUUAUUACACGGAUUGACGGCGUUAUGCAAGCAGAAACCAGUAGAUCCAAUAACUUGGCUUGCAGAUUGGCUGAUCGAGAAUAACCCAAGAAAACCAAAAGUUAACAGCGAAUAAUUCCUAUUGAAACGGACUCAAUUUCCAGCUUACUUACUUACACUUUGGAUUUACGUUAUUUUCAUUAGUAAUAUAUUAUUUUCAAUUUUUUUUAAAUGUUUAAUAAAAAUUUGCGCAUCCGCACAGCGAAAUCUUGCAUAUUUCACAGAUUACAUUAGGUGAACUAGCCUAAAGACAUCCAGGGUAAUUGUCGAAAUACGCUCGUUGAUCCCAUUCUAAACGAUCUAUUUUCUU